UGAGCAUUUAAAUUCUCUUUUUCGGGGAACUUGCAUCAAUGCAACCUUUGGGCUGACCUUUUGCUCAUUCGACGUGAGUAAUGUUUUUGAUCUCCCGAGUGCCACAAUAAUAUCACGGAGACAUGUGACCAAACAAUUUCUGAAAUCAAUGAUUUACCGUAAAAGGCGAAUAAACGGAAGACACCGGCUGGUGUGUUUUGCCUGUGCUGAUAAAUUUACACGACCAAUGAUUAAAGAAACGUGUACAAGGAAUGGUAAAACCUAUAAAGUAGGAGAAAAGGUACGAGAUAAUCCUUGUCAACCAUGUUUCUGUUCCGAAGGUGGUUUAAUGGCCUGUAUGGUCAUAGAUUGUAUGAUGCCCAAUUGUGCUGAUUAUGUCAGGAAUCCAGAUCAAUGUUGUUCGACCUGUCCAAACGGACCCAACUGUAGAUUACCUGAUGGAACAUUGAUGUCUGCUGAUAAACCACACGUAAUGGCUGAUGGAAGUGUUUGUCAAUGUCACCAUAUGAUUGGAAUGGGUUUUACACCAUACAGUGUUAAUGCCACCUGUACAACUUCUUUAAAAUCCAUUGUUACUGACAUACCCAUGUAGUUAGUCUGAAUAAAAAUUACGAGGAAAGACCACCUCUUGAAAUAUA